AUGCUUCAUUUAGCUCUGGUUAACAGCGGUGCAUACAUUGGAGAUUUUGCAGAAAUUGUGAGGCGUGAGCUACUUUUGAUGGACAAACAGAGUGGUCUGGCAUUUGCGUCCAUUGAUCUAUUAGCUCAGCUUGCCAAUAAAUUGAAAAGGAAGCAGUUCGCGAAAUACUUUUGGCCUUUGGUUAGGGAAAAAGCGACGAAGCCUUUGGAUCACUUAGCGCCGGAGUGGUUCUUUUUCAUUCUUCUCGUAUUCGAACAUCACACUAAAACAAAUGCCUGCGCGGUACAGAACUUAUUGUUCAAGUUAUUGGUAUUAUCUCGCAGCAGUGGCAAUUUCGACACUGUUUAUCGUAAAAUUAUUGAGAAUUGGAUGUACCAUGGUGAUGCGCACAAAGCCUUAUCUCGUUCGCUGCAUUUUAUCAGUAAAUCGCUUCAGCAAAUUGAUUUUCAAACCAAUGAGCUUUUUAAAGCUUUUAUUUGUUUAGUUGCUGUUGAUAUUUUCGAGGGAAUUUGUGCAUUUGAUAAGAUGCUUGAAGCGAAGGAGAGGGAUGAAUCCGAUAUCACUGCACUGCUUUCUAAUUUCGAUGAAGUUGAUGGUGGGAAUUUUGAUGAAUUUUUUGGCGGUAAAUUAAAAACAACGGAGAAAAUCAUGGCACGUCUUGGCAGUCAUGCCGAUGAAAUUGUUUCAAAGACACGUAACGCGUUUUGUUCCUGCAUUGUUUCGACUUGUUUUGUCAAUGUCAGAGCGGGCAAACACGUUACUGUUCGGUAUAAGGCCGAGCACGAAAACAUACUGAAAGAAUUUGUCAAGAAGAACGAUGUGCGGAUUGAACUGCCAGCGUUUAAUGAUAGGCAAGUUCUUUUCUAUUCUGGCGAUCGCUUUUUCACCGUAACUGUGGGACUAGUUGGAAAUUUCAAAAGUAUCACAAUCAUGUCUCAGUGA